UUUUUGUUGAGGCUAUCUUUCAAAUUGGACAAACCCAAAGUAAUUAACCAAACUUAAUUAAAAAACUAAAUCUCUCACUAAAUUGACAUACUGUCUUAACUGUCUUAACUGGAGGGUUUGUGUCCCCAGAACAAAGGGGCCAGACCCAAACUGAGAGCAAAAACAGCCUCUUUCCAAGAGAAACUGAAAGAUCGUAUGGUCUGGCUCCUCCAACUCUAAAUGUCCUGAGUGGAAGGAUGGCUGCAGAGUUUUGGACAGGACAUAUAAAAAAAACUUACAGUCAUGUUCAUUCACUAAAGCUAGCCUCACCAGCUUAAACAGAGCACAUGAAACAGUGACCUAGUCAACAUCAGCAGCUGUCAGUCAGUGCCAUCAUUUGUGAAAUGAUUGUAAUCUGAGGAGCUGUGGCAGAUGUUAUCAUGAAGUAGUUUCACUGUUUUCUGUGCUGGAAAUGUUGGUUGCAUAAAUCAAAAGCUUAUUUUCCUGAGUUUAGUUGUAAAGCUAUCAUUUCUUUGGCUUUCUUAUUGGAAUUUUGCUUUGAUUUGGUUCGAAGUCGGGUGCUUUAAACCACCUGGUCUUUUUGCUUCUUAAAGAUGGGGAUGACUUUGCUGAACGGGAUGAUUUCGGGGAACAGACUGAGUCAGAUAUGUUCCUGUAAGAGGAGCGCAGUAAAACGGUGCCGGCGCUCUUCUCCGGUGUUGGUCUGUCUGUGUCAGCAGAGCUGGGACUCGCCGCAUGCGUAAUGAGCUCUCGUCGGGUCCAGCAGAGCUCUGACUCUCCCUCAGACGAGCCAGAACAGCGGUGCUGAGGGAUGUUACGUGAUUUGGCUCGCCUCUUCAGCGGCUUCAUUCGUUUUAAGCAGGUUUAACGUGUGGCGCCGUUUGUCCAGUCGUUUCUGACUUGUUCUGUUCAGCGCGGCUGCGUUGGUUUCUCUGGAUCGCUGUGGUCUCCGGUUUAACCUUCAGAGUUGUUGUUGGUGGAGUCGGAGCUGUCCGCGGUGCUGAAGGUCGGGGCGGCUCCUCCAUGCUGUGAGGACAGCGGUUCCCUCGUUCAGACGGAGAUCUUCCUUUGGCGGCACCAUGGGUUAUGUGGGUAUGCAACUUGUGCCGAAAACAACAAGAAAUCCUCACCAAAUCGGGGGAAUGGUUCUAUAGCUCAGGGCCGGGUCAAGUGCGGGGCGUGUUUGAGGGAGGGCCACAGGGGAAAAAGGCCAAACUGCAGGACCCGUCUCUGUACCCCCACCAGGGAGUCUCAGGUGACUUGAGACCAUCUUCAGACAGAAGCAGACCUCACGGCGGGCUUCUACCCAGACAGGCGUCGCUUGACAACGAUACAGGGCUACGGUACUCUGGAUCUGGUGACCCAUCCCUUGACAGGAAACAGAGUCCAUCUGCAUCCAGGGAUCCAAACCAAAAAUACGACCAAAGGGAGGGGGGCAACCACCCACAGUAUGCUCCGGCAGACGGCGGCAUGCCCAGAUCACCGUCCGAUUAUGGGGAUAGAAACUCGCGGCAGACUUCACGGGGCCCACAUAUGUAUCCAGACGUGGACGCAAUGCGGAUGGGCUUCCGUGACCGGCGGGGGCCCGGCCGCUGGCACUCACAGGAAUAUCCGCUUGACCAAGAAUUAGAUGGACCCCCAACUGAGUAUGACCUCCAGCGACAGCGGCAGGAGGAAUACCAGGCACGGUAUCGCAGUGAUCCCAACCUGGCACGUUACCCUGUCAAGCCUCAGCCCUAUGAGGAGCAAAUGAGAAUGCACGCUGAAGUGGGCCGGCUAAGGCAUGAACGGCGACACAGUGAUGUCUCUUUAGCUUACACAGAGCAGGAUGACCCCGGCCCCAUCCGUCUGUCCCGCCAACAUUUCACCGAGCGCAGGCCGCCCAUGGUGGGACAGCGCUCGUACUCUGUUGAUCGCUCUUCUCCGGGACCAAUGGGUCCUAGCCUUGGAAGCCACAGAACCUCCAACCACAGCCCCCCAACACCCCGUCACAGUCCUGUGCUGGGGGAUCGACAAGACCAACGAAGAGGAGACUUUGGUGGGGAUGCUAUGAGGAGGCAGCAGCACCACCUGGACCCCAGUUCAGCGGUCCGCAAGACCAAAAGGGAGAAGAUGGAGAGUAUGCUAAGGAAUGACUCCCUGAGCUCUGACCAGUCAGAGUCAGUACGGCCCCCACCCCCAAAACCCCACAAAACCAAAAAGGGAGGGAAGAUGAGGCAGGUGUCACUGAGCAGCUCAGAGGAAGAGCUUGCCACCACACCGGAGUACACAAGCUGUGAGGAUGUGGAGAUAGAGAGUGAGUCAGUCAGUGAAAAAGGGGAGAGUCAAAGGGGAAAAAGAAAAACUAUUGAGCAGGCAUUUAUGUCCGAGCCGACACACACCUUAUCUGAGAGGCAAAAGAAAAUGGUGCGCUUUGGGGGACACUCAUUUGAAGAGGACUUGGCAUGGUGUGAACCACAGGUUAAAGACUCUGGAGUUGAUACGUGCAGUAGCACUACCCUAAACGAGGAGCAUAGCCAUAGUGAGAAGCACCCAGUGACAUGGCAGCCAUCCAAAGAUGGAGAUCGUCUUAUUGGCCGUAUUUUGCUCAACAAGCGAAUGAAAGACGGAAGUGUGCCUCGUGACUCAGGAGCUCUUCUUGGUCUUAAGGUGGUGGGAGGGAAGAUGACAGAAUCUGGAAGGCUUUGUGCUUUCAUCACUAAAGUGAGGAAAGGAAGUCUAGCAGAUACCGUUGGACACCUUAGACCAGGAGAUCAGGUGCUGGAAUGGAGCGGCAGGCUCUUACAAGGAGCAACAUUUAAAGAAGUUUACAAUAUUAUCCUGGAAUCGAAGCCGGAGCCACAGGUGGAGCUGGUGGUGUCACGGCCUAUAGGAGAUAUUCCAAGGAUACCCGACAGCACACACGCACAACUGGAGUCAAGUUCGAGUUCCUUUGAGUCUCAGAAGAUGGAUCGUCCAUCAAUCUCCGUCACAUCCCCUAUGAGUCCCAGAACGCUGCGGGACGCGCCCCAGUACCUGUCAGGACAGCUCUCAAGCCAAAGCCUUAGUAGAAGAACAACGCCUUUUGCUCCUAGGGUCCAGGUCAAACUGUGGUAUGACAAAGUAGGCCACCAGCUUAUAGUCACCAUUUUGGGCGCCAAGGAUUUGCCCCCCAGGGAAGAUGGUCGGCCCAGGAACCCUUAUGUCAAAAUUUACUUUCUCCCCGACAGAAGUUUGAAUUAUUGUUCCUCCAGUGACAAAAGCAAAAGGAGAACAAAAACAGUAAAGAAAUCCUUAGAGCCCAAGUGGAAUCAGACCUUUAUGUACUCGCCGGUGCACCGGCGGGAGUUUCGGGAACGCAUGCUGGAGAUCACGCUGUGGGACCAAGCAAGGGUGAGGGAGGAGGAGAGCGAAUUCCUGGGAGAGAUCCUCAUAGAGCUGGAGACAGCUCUGCUAGACGAUGAACCGCACUGGUACAAGCUACAGACCCACGAUGUGUCCUCCAUCCCUCUCCCACGUGCCUCCCCCAAUUCACAACGCCGGCAGCUCCACAGAGAGAGUCCAACACGCCGUCUGCAGAACAAAGACGCAUUUUUAUACAACUCAGGAUCCCAGAGGAUAAGUGACAGCGAGAUUUCCGACUUUGACUGCGAAGAAGGUGUCGGAGUUGUUACAGACUAUCGGUCAAACGGAAGAGACUUCCAGAGCUCCACAUUGUCUGUGCCUGAGCAGGUCAUGUCAUCCAACCAUUGCUCUCGGUCGGCUGACAUAGCCAGGGCGCGGUCGCGUUCACCUAGCGUCCCCCCACUCUCCAGCCGUGACCGUCGUGUUUACCCACUCUGCAGAGAAGAUGCGGUCAGGUUACUGCGUUCCACUAGGAUGUCCCGGGCCCAUUCUGAGGCCUCCUACUCCUCCGAUUAUGACUACGAGAGGAACCACGGAGCCAUGGAUAGACACGAGUAUCACAGCAGGUCCCGCUCUGCAGACCAGCGGCCCGUUACAGAGCGCCUUGCACCCCGCUCACACUCUACUGAACGCCCCCACGACUCUUCCAUCAUGAGGUCCAUGCCAUCGUUGCCGUCUGGGAGGUCUGCUCCCCCCUCUCCUGCCAUGACGAGAGCGCAUCCUCGUAGUGGAUCAGUCCAGAUCAGCCCAACUGGUACCCCGAUGUCCAGUAGACGAGGUCGGCAACUCCCACAGCUUCCACCCACAGGAAUGGACAGAAAAGACACGGACUCACCAAGUUGGACGAACUCAGGUAUGGACAUGGAUGAGAGGACCAGGCAAAUGAGAAUGAAGAUGAACAAGUACAAACAGGGAGCGGGCUCUGACUCCAGACUGGAACAAGACUACCACAAGCGUACAGGCAGGGAUGGUCGAGGCUCAGACAACCUGUCAGUCAGGUCAUCGGACAGCGAUGUAAGUGACGUGUCCGCUGCAUCGAGAACCAGUAGUGCCUCUCGGUUCAGCAGCACGAGCUACAUGUCUGUCCAGUCGGAGAGGCCACAGGGAAACCGUAAGAUCCGUGACUUUACAUCCAAAAUGAAAAACAGGGAAACGGGCACAUCCAGUGGGGUUAACAUGACCAAGAGCACAAGCAUCAGCGGCGACAUGUGCAACCUGGAGAAGACGGAGGGCAGUCAGUCUGACACGGCGGUGGGCACGGUAGGCACAGACGAGAAGAAGAGGCGCUCCAGCAUUGGUGCCAAAAUGCAGGCCAUGGUUGGCAUGUCGCGCAAGAGCCGGAGCACUUCUCAGCUCAGCCAAGCAGAAGCGGGAGGCAAGAAACUGCGCAGCACCAUCCAGAGGAGCACAGAGACGGGGCUCGCGGUGGAGAUGAGGAGCAGGAUGACUCGGCAGGCCAGCCGGGAGUCCACCGAUGGAAGCAUGAACAGCUACAGCUCAGAGGGAAACCUCAUCUUCCCGGGCGUGAGGCUCUCCUCUGAUGCUCAGUUCAGCGACUUCUUGGACGGCCUUGGCCCCGCCCAGCUGGUUGGACGCCAGACACUAGCUACUCCAUCUAUGGGAGACAUCCAGAUUGGUAUGGUUGACAAGAAAGGAGCCCUGGAGGUGGAGAUCAUUAGAGCGCGUAGUCUUGUGGGAAAACCAGGUUCCAAGGCACUGCCAGCACCAUAUGUUAAGGUCUACCUUUUGGAAAAUGGGGUCUGCAUAGCCAAAAAGAAAACUAAAGUAGCAAGAAAAACUUUGGAUCCUCUUUACCAGCAACAACUGCCUUUUGAGGAAAGUCCGGGAGGGAAGGUUUUGCAGGUUAUUGUUUGGGGUGACUAUGGGCGUAUGGACCAUAAAUCCUUCAUGGGAGCAGUUCAGAUACUGUUAGACGAGCUGGACCUGUCCAACAUGGUGAUUGGCUGGUACAAGCUCUUUCCUCCCUCCUCACUGGUGGACCCAACUCUAGCCCCACUGACAAGAAGAGCUUCCCAAUCUUCACUAGAUAGCUUCUCUCGAUCAUAGCAGCGUGUGGACUGACAGCAUUGUUGUAGCAGCCAGUGUUGCGAUCGCAGGUCACGAGCCCCGGUUAAACUGCAUGCUUGAUGUUGUGUCUUCUGAGCCUGUUUCUCGGGGUGCAAACGUGAUCCUGUGUUUUGAGCAAAAACGGCGCGCACAUUGUGCACGUGGCAAAAUGCGUUGCAAGCGCAUGGCGGCAGGGAAUGCCAGGCGUUGCUAUUUGGAGGAAGCUGUGAUGAACUCCUUAGCACGAGGAAUACAUCAGUUCCAGGUCUUCUUCCAAUUCGAAGCCAUGGGGGUCCACACUGGGAACCACUAAACGGGUUUCACAAAGGCCCUUUUUAAAUGAAAAAAAAAAAAACAUGUAUGUCCCUUUGAUUUUUUUUUUUCAUUUACGUUGUUUUCAUUUGUGUUGUUAAUUUAUUUUUCUUUGAAUGUCAAUCUGUCUGUGUCUAAAGGGGAUGGUCUUUUUUUCUAACCUGAUGCUUGGUCAUGCCACGCCUACAGACCUCGCUGCGUAACCAUGGUGUUGGAGCCCACUCCUUUUGGUGGGGCUUUUUCAACACUCCCUAAAAAACACUCCGGCAUCUUUCGCCUUGGUGUGUGGAUCAACCUGCGCUGAUAAAUCACAUUAAUCAGGAACAAUACUGAAGGACAACCAUCAACCCUCCAAAGAUUAUUCAGCAACAAGCCAGACCCCAUAAAAAAUGUACAAUCCUUUAUUUGUUAAUAUAAUGUAUGAAAAUAAAAUAAGAACUAUUUUUUCUUUUUAGUUUUUUUGCAUGGGCACAAAUUUAGCAAAUUGAAAAAAAUUAUUUUCUUGAGGCUGCAUAUUGCAAAAAAAAAAGAAAAGAUGAAGAAAAAAAACAGAUCAGCCACUUUCAAGAAUUUAUAUUAUUUUUAAAUAAAAGAUUUCUCUAGUGCAUGGUUUUCAAGGGGAGUGAAUGCCACAUUGUGUUGAAAAAAACAUUCUUUAUCCUUCUUUAGAUCAUCCGUGAGUCUGUGUUUUACAGACAUGCAGAUAAGAAAACUUUAGAGAAUCUUUUGGAAUCAUUUCAGAAAAAUAUGUUUCUGUGACAGAAAACAAUAAAGAAGAUAAAUGUAAAUUAUUUCUUUCAUUAUAAAAGGCUCCAACCUUAAAUCGAUGAACAUCAUGUGUAAAUUGUAUGUUUCUCUUCUUCUUCCUUGUCCCAGGGCAUUUCUUAUUGUAGUAUUCAUUGCUGCCAUCGAUCGGUCCCUGAUAUCGUCCAGAUUUUAGGACUUUCAGUCACUUUACAGUUCAGGAUUGUUUUAUUAUGUAUUUUUUUUUGAAUUUGACUUAUUUUAACAAGCAUGUUGAAAGGUAUUUUCUGCAACAUGUCUUGGGCACACCUUACAGUAACUUCGCAUGUUUUGAUAAAGAAGAUAUUUGGAAUUUUUGCAGUUUCUUGUACAGUGCAUGUCAACUUGAUUACUUUUCCCCUCACAUUACACCGAGCAGCAAAUUAGUUGUUGGCCUUCCUCAGCCAAUUAUGGAGGUUUCAAAAAAUAAAACAAAAAACAUUCCACCCCGUGCCCCUCCCUCCCAAAGUCAUAUUUUCUUUCAGGUUUUGGGGGAAAAAAGGGAAUAAUAUUUUCUAUACCUACAGGAUGUUGGCUACACAAUUGUAACUGCAAGUUUAUUUUAUUUCAGUAUUGUUGAUGAACAUGCAAAAACAAUUUGUAAUGAUAACCUAAUAAUGCAGCAACAAACAUGCAAGAGUUGUGUGUUGCUGUUGUUCAAUUUUAUAGGCAGUCUUGAUGACAAUGAGCAGAAUAAAAGUUCAAAUGACGCAGGAGAUUGCCACAGAAAACGUUUUUCCUUGUUUUAACGGAAAUGAAAUUAAUUUACUAUAUUUUUGUUAGUUUUAUUUAAAAGCUAAGACCAGUUUAUUUUUUAUUUCCUAUUUUUUGUGAUUAAAACAAGCUUCUCAUGUUUGAGAAGGAUGAAUCUUAUAAUUGCAGUAUGUCUGAAUGAAACUGAACCGAGGCAUUAUUCCAUUUCCACAUGAGAACAAUGCAUUUCAAUAUGGAUAAAAGGAAACUUUAUCAUUCAAGAGAACACAGUAUAUAUUUUAUUUCCCACUGUACAUACCUUUUAGAUGUCAGAAUUUGAAUAAACCAACUACCAGAGGCAGAUUUCUAGACUCUUCUGGAACUGGAAAAAUGCCUCCUGAUGACAUAGACAUAUGUUAUUUUUCCCUUUGAAUGCCUUUUCAUUUUCUCUUUUUGGUGCAAUGUGUUAAUGCCAAGGCUAUGUCUUGGUUAAGUAUGGUUGAGUACAGAGAUUUAUGUAAGUUAUUUUUCAAAUUAAGAAUAAAAAUUGAUAUUACAUUGAU